AUGCGCGAGAGCGCCACGCGCACGCUCACGGUGACGGACGUGCCGCCACCCGCGCUCAAGGCGCUGCUUCACUUUCUGUACACGGACGACUUUGACGAGGUGCAAAAGGUGCUGCGCGAGGAGCGCGGCAGCUCCUCCUCCUCCUCCUCCUCGGGGGGCGCCUCGCCCUCCUCGGGGGGCUCCUCGGCCGCCGCCGCCUCAAGCAGCGCCUCUGGCAGCGAGGCGGAGCAGAGCAUCGCGCAGCUGCAGGCGGUGCUCGCCGCCGCGCACAAGUACGGCGUGCUGCGGCUGCUGCGCUGGGCGGAGGGGCAGCUGUGCGACAAGCUGUCCUGCGAGAUGGCGUGCUCGCUCCUCAGCCUCGCGCACGUCUACGGCGCCACCGAGCUCGAGCGCAACUGCCUCGCCUUCAUGAAGGCAAACAUGGCGCGAGUGGUCACUCGCGCCGACUUUGCGGCGCUCGCGCCCGAGUCCCUCGUCAAGUUCCACAUGCAUUGCGCGGGCGUCGACCCGGCGGAGGAGGAGCCGGGCCGCAAGCGCAAGCGCGACGAGGAGUAG